UCAGCUUCCCAGAGGCCACCGUCGUCAGCCUCGACCCAGACGCCGCCCGCAUCUGCUGGCGCAUACCCAGCACCGCCUGGCAGCGCCCAGCCAGCGUCGUAUCAACCCCCACCCCCAGGAGUCGCGGGUUUUGCCCCCAGCUCUGCCCUGCCCGCUCCCGCCUCCAGCGGCAAUGUCGACCUGAGCGCUCUUCGACCCGUCAACUCGGGCACGAUGAACUUUGACGAUGUCAUUUCCAAGGCGAGAGCCUAUGCGACUGAGAAGGGCAUUACACCCUACGACCGCCCGCUUGUCUAUGGCUCGGACUCUAGAACCUCUGACAGGUCCUUCCGCCGAUCUAGAUCACGAUCUCCUCCUCGCGGCGGAGGCGAUUAUCAUAAUGGCAGCUCAUAUCGGGACGACCGUCGUGGGGCUCAGGGCCGGGAAUAUCGCGACCGGUCCUAUUCUCCCCCAUCACGUGGACGCACCUUUUCCCCUCGUGGAGCCGGUGGCCGAGAGAGAUCCCCUCUGAGAGGUGGUGAUGACAACUCCGAGACGAUCCAGAUUGAAUCCAGCCUGGUUGGCCUCAUCAUCGGCCGUCAAGGCGAGAACCUGCGAAGGAUCGAAGCUGAUACCAAUUGCCGUGUCCAGUUCUUGGCAGCUACUGAUGGUGGUCCCUUCCGACAGUGCAAGAUCACCGGCCCACGUGCUCGUCGUGCCGAAGUCAAGACGGCCAUCAAUCGCAUUAUCGAGGACAGUGGAAUGGGAGCUCUUAACCGCGCCCAGGAAAAACCUCGCGAUCCUGCUCGAGGCGGAGCAGCAGCUUUGAGAGAUGGCGAGGACCAUAUGCAAAUCAUGGUUCCGGAUCGCACCGUCGGCCUCAUCAUUGGACGAGGAGGCGAGACGAUCAGGGAUCUACAGGAAAGAUCUGGCUGCCAUAUUAAUAUUGUUGGGGAAUCUAAGAGUGUGAAUGGUUUGCGACCUGUCAAUCUCAUUGGUAGCCGGGAGGCGGCCGCUCGUGCGAAGGAUUUCAUCAUGGAGAUUGUCGAUAGCGACAGCCGGGGCGAUGGCCCGGCUUCUGGCACCAAGAAGCCCACCAGCGCUCCUCGCAACGAUGGGCCGCCGAGGGACUUUUCCGGAGGUUCUGACAAGAUCAAUGAUGCAAUUUACGUCCCGUCAGAUGCAGUAGGUAUGAUUAUUGGCAAAGGGGGUGAAACCAUCCGGGAAAUGCAAAACACCACUGGUUGCAAGAUCAAUGUGGCGCAGUCGUCAGGCCCUGGCGAAGUCCAACGAGAAAUUGCGCUCAUCGGAACCCGAGAGAGCAUCGCUCGUGCUAAGCAAGCUAUUGACGAGAAAGUAGAAGCAGUGAAGAGCAGCGGUAGCGGUGGCCCCAGUGGCGGUCGUGGUCGCGGGCCGCAGGAUGAUCGACCGAGCUACUCCCAACCGGGCCCCGACUCGUCUACUAACCAACCUCCUCAGUCAUCUUCAGGCGACGGCCCAGAUCCAUAUGCUCAGUAUGGUGGCUAUCAAAACUACGUCGCUCUCUGGUAUCAGUCCUUAAUGUACCAGCAGCAGCAACAGGGAGGACAAGCGACACCUCCC